CGCGAGGCCGGGGACGGGCACAGCGCGCGCCCAGCGCACCAGCCCAGCCGCGCCCGACCCGGCCCGGCCCGGCCGCAGCGCCGGCGCGGCUCCGCCACAGCGCCCGCCCGGCCCCGCGGCUCCGCCUCGCCGCGCGGCGCACACGGGAGCUCGCAGCAGGGGCAAGGUGCGGCGGUGGGAGGGGGCGGCGGCGGAGCGGCUUUGUUGGCUCGGAGAGGAGCGGCGCCUCGGCGGGAGCCCACCAUGGUGCAGCAGGCGGAGAGUACGGAGGCGGAGAGCAACCUGCCCCGGGAAGCGAUGGACACCGAAGAGGGCGAGUUCAUGGCUUGCAGCCCCGUGGCUUUAGACGAGAGCGACCCGGACUGGUGCAAAACGGCGUCGGGGCACAUAAAGAGACCGAUGAACGCGUUCAUGGUGUGGUCCAAGAUCGAGCGAAGAAAAAUCAUGGAGCAGUCCCCGGACAUGCACAACGCGGAGAUCUCCAAGCGCCUGGGCAAGCGGUGGAAAAUGCUGAAGGACAGCGAGAAGAUCCCUUUCAUCCGGGAGGCGGAGAGGCUGCGGCUCAAGCACAUGGCUGAUUACCCCGACUACAAGUACCGUCCCAGGAAAAAGCCCAAAAUGGACCCGUCGGCCAAGCCCAAUGCCAGCCAAAGUCCCGAGAAAAACGCGCCCGCCAGCAGCGGCGGCAGCAAGAGCGCCAAGAGCUCCAGCAAGAAGUGCAGCAAGCUGAAAGCUUCCUCCGGCUCCUCGCCUCCCAAGCCGGGAGCCAAAACCGCCCACCACGGGGACUACGCGGGAGACGAGUACGUCUUCGGCACCCUGAAAGUGAGCAGUAAGACGGUCAAGUGCGUCUUCAUGGACGAGGAGGAGGAUGAGGAGGAGGACGAGGACGAGCUGCAGCUGCGGAUCAAGCAGGAGGCGGAGGAGGACGACGAGGAUGAGGAGCCGGGGCCGCAGCAGCUGCGGCGGUACAACGUGGCCAAAGUGCCGGCCAGCCCCACCUUGAGCUCCUCGGCGGAGUCCACCGAGGGGGCCAGCCUGUACGAGGAGGUGCGGGGCGGCGCCGCGGCGGCGGGCGGCGGCAGCAGACUCUACUACAGCUUCAAGAACAUCACCAAGCAGGGCCCGCCGCCGCCUCAGCAGCCGCCCGGCCUCUCCCCGGCCUCCUCCCGGUCCAUCUCCACCUCGUCGGCCGGCAGCGAGGAGGCGGACGACCUGCUCUUCGACCUCAGCCUCAACUUCUCCCAGCACGGCCACGCCGCCGCCGAGCUGGGGGCGGGCGCCGCCGGCGGCAACCUCUCUCUCUCGCUGGUGGACAAGGACCUGGACUCCUUCAGCGAGGGCAGCCUUGGCUCCCACUUCGAAUUCCCCGACUACUGUACCCCGGAGCUGAGCGAGAUGAUCGCGGGCGACUGGCUGGAAGCGAACUUCUCCGACCUGGUGUUCACGUACUGAGCGGGGGCGGCGGCCAGGGCGGGCGGCGAGAGCGGCGGAGCUGGAGCGGCGCGACGCCGGCGAUGAUGAUGAUGAUGAUAAUGAUCAUGAUAAUGAUUAAAAAAAAUAAGUCUUGUUUUCUUUAAAAAAAAAUCUCGAAGUUAGUUCCGAGCCCGGGAGUUGUGAUUUUUUUUUUAAUUUUUUUGUGUUUUUUUUAAUUUUUAUUAUGUUUGGUGAUCACAACAACAACAGCAAAGGCAAAUGGGACUGGGGGAAAAAUGAUACAGAAGGCGCUGUUUGAAGCUUGUCGGUCUCUGAUUGAAGUCUGGAAGAUGGUCUGCAAAGAAGUCUUUUGGCAGCACAACUGUUACUCAAGGGGGUUUGUGGAUUUUUAUUUUUUGUUCCCGUGAGAGAUCUUAACGAACUGUUAUGAUUUUUUUUUUUCCGAAAGGGACCAUUGCAACUUUUUUUGGAGGGAGAAAACUGAUGUCUUCUAUGCAUCCGAUUCUUAACAAAGCUGCAGGGAGCUUGAAAAAAUGCAGACUGUACAAACGCUUACAAAUAACUGAACUGACUUAAGAUCAGAGUUUACUUUUCAGAUCAAAUUGUUUAUGGUUUUACAAAUGUGAUUUCUACUUGCCAACUUUUUUUUUUUUGUAACUUGUUCCCUUAUACCUCCUUGAUUGAAUACCAGACAGCCUAGACCUCAGUACAAAAAGGUAUUGAAACAUUUUUGAUACAUAACAGACCUCAGUCUUUUUUAAAAAUUAAUAUAUUUUCAGGCGUAUUUUUGUACAGUGAAAAGGGAACAUUCUUGCUGUGUUUUUUCAGUAAGACUUUUCAGGCACUUCUUCCCUUUUAUUUUCUUUGUUUUUCUCUGUUUUUAGCAUGCAAGUUUGUUGGUACGUUACGUCCUGGUUUUAAAAGGAUUAAAAUUUUAAAAAGUAAUCCUUGCAUCUAAAGGCCUUGUGGUUUAAAAAAAAAAAAAGAAACAAACACUUUUUUUGUACAGCUAUAGUUCAGAUUUGUUCAAUAUUUGUAGGUAAAGAUUUAUUGAAAAUGGUGAUAUAGACCUCAGAGCUGUUAUCUUAGUUUAAAAGAUUGUAUAUGUACUGUACUAUAGUAGGAUUUUAUGUAUCUCAUACGCUGUGAUAUGUGGAUGGGGCCCCAGAUGGAAGGUAUGAAACUGGAUUCUCGAUUUUAGCAAAAAAAAAAAAAGAAAAAAGGCACAUAGUUUAAAAAGUUUCUCAUGUUGUGCAAUAUAAUCUAAAGUACAGACCAUCUGCAUAUUUUGUAGCAAAUGAUGGCAAAAGCAGACUUGUGCACUGUCAACAUCAUAGCCUGUUUUUUUUUUUUUUUUAAUGCUGAAAGUCUGUAUCUUUACAAUUUUAAUAAAUCAGCUGGAACUGAUAGAAACUCGUAUCGCAAUUAGUGUCUGUAGCAGUAACUCUGGAGAUGCCGUGUUGUCACCCCUCGCCCGCGGAGGAGCGGUAGCUGUAGGCUGUAGUGCAUGAGCAGAGCUAGGGGGGGAGGAGAGUCAGGACUGCUUCUUUUCCUUUUUUUUCCUCCUCCUCUCGUCGCCUUUUUCCCGCCGGCUUUGCUCCGCGGGGCCGGGGUUUGCUUGCUGCUUACCCGGGGCCGCCCCGGGCAUUUUCGGCUCCGCCGCCUUCCCCCCGCCCGCGGCGGGGAGCGAGCCCCGCUGCCGGGGGGGCCCCGCGGGCCCCGCAGCCGCUCUCACGGGCGGGGGGCGCGGCGGGGCCGGCUGCCCGCCCGCUCUCAGCGCUGCCGGGAAGGCGACUCUCCCCCUCUGCAUGCUCCCGGGCUUCUCCUCGCUGGGCUUUUUCCUCCCCCUCUCCCGUUUGUGGUGAAUAACUUGGGCCAGACUCGAGGUGGAGAUGCUGAGGGGAGCGGUGCUGCAUCUCCUCCGCCCCGGGCAGCGCUCGGCCCGCCGGCGUGGCCCCGGCCUCUCCCGAGAGCCGCCCGCCGCUCCGCGCAGGCAGGGCUACGAGCUUCGGCUGUAGGUGAGCAGACUUUGUCAGUGUGCUUUUUUUUUUUUUUUUUUUUUGACUUUAGCAGCCAUCGGAUUUCAGUUGUGUGCUCUGAAAUAGCUGCUGAUGGCAAUAAACAGACUCACGAGGUGGAAGUUUGUUUCUCAAGAAGUUUACUUUUUUAUCUGAUAGGCAUUGGUAAAUUAUUACUACUUUUUUUUUUUUUUUCUCCGCUAAUUAAUGAUCCAGCUGUUUACAGGGACAAUUCACUGUGCUGGUAUUUUGGUGGCAACCACUGCUACAGGCUUUCAGACUUGCUGAAAUGAAAAUCCUACAUACGCAUUUGUAAGGCAUAAUAAAACAUAACAUUAAAACCUGCAUGCAUGUUAUGUUUAAUCAAAGACAACUCUUAGGCAUUUAAGUGGUGAGAUAUCUUACUUUAGGUUAGUUAAACUGGUAGUAAAAUGAUUAAUAUAAUCUGAUCUCUUUCUAAUAAUAAUAAUAAUAAUAAAACACUCAUGAUUCUAAAUAAAAGUUGUUUGGCCUAAAUCUUUGCUAUCAGAAAAGAGAUAUAGCAUAUCUGGGAACUCAAAUUUAUGUCUUGCAUUGUGAUAAUUCUUUAUGAGAAACUGUGUUUUAAAACAAACUUAAUUACGAUAUACAAGAUAUCCUUGGCAAUGGAUAGUCCUCAAUAAAACAGAGUUUCUUGAAUUUUCAGUUUUUGGUCUCAAAUGAUUAGUGUGUUCUCCAUGUAAUAACUUAGAAAUCAGAUUGAAAACAAAUGACAUUUAUCUCUUCUAAGGCAAAAGACUGAAAGAAAAUAGUUACACUGAAGUGCUCUAGCCUAGCCAUUCACUAUCCUGCUAUCGAAAAUCCUGUUUUGGGCUAGGGUGAUGGAGUAAGUUGAUCAGGUUCUAAGUCUUAAAACUGAGCCAAAAUUCUCUUAGUAAUUCUUCAAGCUAUCAUGAGGGUAGGGUGACUCGUUCUUUCAGUCCCUUUCUUCUGAUAUGCAUCCUUGUUUCUUAAAGUGAUAAUAGGCAGUGUCAUUAAACAUUUGUGCUUUACAGAUGUUCAAUGAGUUAUGAAUGAUUAUGGUCAAAUACAGGCUGCAUUUAGUUAACAUUGUAAUAAGGUCUGGGUCUCAGCCUACAAAAGUUUUGACUUGCAUAUAUUUUUGGAAGCUGUUUUUAAAAUUACCAUUUAAAAUAUUACUCAAGGAUAGCUGAUUUAAAUGAUCCAAUUAAAGAGCAGUCAGGCAUAUUUUAAAAGAGCAACAGGUCUACUUUAGUCAAAGAAUAUAAUACCCACUCAAAAGUAUAUCUUUUCUUUCUUCUAAAUGGGAAUUAUACUGUACUAUAUCAGAGGAAUAUUUUGAGUGAAGGUAUAUGGUGCAGGGAAAUAAUUUUUUGGCCAAACACUUGAGUUACAUUUAUUUUAGAGUUUAUUAUUGUAUAUUGUUCAAGGAAAAAACUAGGUAGUGUUCUGUUUAAGCCACUGCAUAGUUAGGGCUGAAGUUUGAUGCUGUUGAAUGCCUAAGCUCCUACUGAUCUCAGUGAGAGUAAAAAACAAUUUUCUACUCAUGAAAAAUAGCAUCUGCUAAGCUACUCUCUUUUUUAUUUUGUCAUUAAUAAUAUUCACACCUUCUGUUUCUCUUUCCGUUUUUGUUUUCUGCGUGCAUAGGAAUCUUUGUUGAUGUGCUAGAGCAGUCCUGUUGCAGGCCUGGCAUCUCCCGUGGCCUUUUUCCCCACAUUCCUUGCAUUUGUCUCUGUACAAUACUACUCUACGUGUAAUAGGACUCAGUGAUAGGAGGGAGGAAAAUGAGCUUUUCUCUGUCGAAGGACAAUUUCCUUACUAACACUGAGGAUGUCAACUCAAUGUAAAACCUAAUCAAACAUGCUGAUUCUUUUUAUCUUUAAGGUGAACAUUUUUUGCAAGCUUUUUUUUCCUCUUUUGAUGUUUUUACUCUGUUUCUUUCCUCUUCCUUUUAAAAUAACCGCAAUUAAGAAACAUUUUCUUUAAGUGCAGUCUUUUACAAAUGUGGUAGAAAAGCUCAUUCCAAGCGUCCUUAAAGUGCUUCAUGCUCUUUAGGCAUUCACUGACAUUCAGAUGAAACUUCACAAGUCUAUUGAAUGUGAUUUGCAUGCGUGCAGUAUGAUCCUUCACUCCUGCCUUUUUGAGGAAAGUGCAACUCUGUUGUUACACCAGGGGAAAACUGGUGUGGGGUCAAAGUCAGGGCCAUGUAAGUUUUAGGUGUUUGAUAAUCAAAACAGUUCAUGAAUUCUGUUUUACGUCUUCACAAUUGUUGCCUAGUAAGGCCUUAAACCUGCUCUGGUUAAAAAAAAAAUAAAAAAUUCUCAUUGAGCUUAAUGGGAGUUUUUGCCUCAAGGGCUGCUGGCAGGAUAGGUGUCUUAUCUCCUCUUAACCUUCAUUUGUAAGAAUGGCCAGGAAAAAAUAAACAACAAAAACUUAAUACAAUGAGUUGCCUUACAUUUCCCCUACUAUACAGUUGUAUUUUUUUUUUUUUGAUUAAUUUCCUUUCCCCUCACUCACAUCCAAGGCUGUGAUUGUUUUUUGGUUUUUUUUUAAUUUUUUUGCACACUACCUAUACCAAUUAACUGCCUAAUUAGUUUUAUCUUCUCUACAUGGAUGCAGUGAAUUUGUAAGAGAAUUUCACAUGCAAGUAGUUUUUUAGUGAGUUUAAAGUAAAUAGAGUUUUAAAGACCUAUUUUUAUAUUCAAUAUAAAGCACAAAUGUGCAGAAAAUGUAGAAUGACUUACAAAAAGGGAAGCAAAAGUUCAUAAUAUUUCAUGUAUAAAAGUAAUACCUUCUUUGGGGUGAGAUUCUCUUAGAAAACCCAAUACUUAUGCCAGUGCAAAGAUAGGAAUAUUUUAAAAACUCUUAAGAAAAAUUGUGAUUGACAGCAAUUUAAAAGGAAUGACUUCUGUAGAUACAAGGAAACCCCUAAAGCAAUAUGGAUAAGAAGGGGUGAAUGGUUUUCAAUGAUGAACAACAACCUGGAAGUGUGAGAAUGGAGGUUUCAAUCCUUAUUAAUUAAUCAAAUUUCUUCUUUUGUGGUUAGUUACAUCUGGAUUUUCUGUGAAGUGCAAUCUUGCAGGAUGAAAAAGUGCAAGGGUGCCAAAAUGCUAAGACUUGUGAAAGUUCAGAAGCAGAAUUAGAAUUAUUGAAUAAGGAUUUAGAUUUUGGUAAUUCACACUUCCAGUAAAAUCAAGACAUUGAUUUACCGCUUGAAGAAAUUUGAUCAAGUAAUAAUGAUUAAUCCGGGAACUCCCAUUGUCACAAUUUGUUUUCGUUUCCAUAGUCCUGCUUAUCUCCAAAACCAAUUUGCCUCAACUCCUGGCAAAGCCAGGGAGAAGAGUUAUAUGCCAUUGUUAGUUCAUUUACAAUUUGUAUCUGGUUUUGCUCUUGUAUAUAUGUUGGCGUUUUGGAGUCUUUACAUAAAUGCUGUGAUACUUUUUUUUUUUUCUUAUUUCCUUUUGGUUUUUGGUGGGCUGUUUUAAAAUGGAGGCCUGUUUUCCAGUGUGGGACUUUUGAUGGUUACAACAUUUCAAUGAUGUUGCAUGAUGGCCACAGGUGGGGGAAAUUGAAUGUUUUAGAGCAGUUUUUCAAGCAUGACACUUUUAAAAUAUGUAAUUUCAAAGACUUUUCAAGGCCACAUGAAAUUAGUUUUCAUAGCCACUCCAGGUCUUGGGGGGAAAAGCUGAAAAGUACUUUUGUUUAGAAGUCUGAGUGAUGGUGGGGGGGAAACCUUUUCUUGAGGUUUUUGCAUGCCAGUGCACGGCCUAUUGCUGUGAGAGAAAGAAGAUGGUAAGGCUGCUUGAGGCAAUGCACUGGAGGACAAAGUGUUUUCUAGCACUAGAAAAAGAAAAUGCAUGGCAAAGUUUUGUCUUCUAGUAGACUAUAUAGCAUGCAGAGUUUAGUAUGUGUCAAAACAGUGUAUGACAUUGCUGUAUCAAAGUUGUAAAAUUAAGCAUUAUUUAUUGAAAACUAUGUAUUUUUUUUGUAAAAACCUGAUCACCUAGAGGAUUAAUAUCAGUGACUUGUGCUAGUGCUACAAACUUAACCAGCUUCUUUACUACAGUACUUGAUAUGCAGUGUUAAUGCUCAGGGUUGAAACCAGUCCACUCCAAUGUCUUUUUUUGCAAGAGUUUUUAAAUAAAGGAACAACAAAAUGCAAUUGUUCAAAAGACUCUAAUAAAAAUGUGUGAUCAAUCUUC